GUGCGAAGGUUCCUCGCUCCACUUUGUAAAAUAAUCGUCCAAUUGGCGAGAGUAGCCGGGAUUGCCUACAACAAUACCCACAUCUUUCCACCGUGCAUUUAUUUGGGGCAAGGUUAAAAGCCGCCUUUGUACAAUUGCAAAACGCGACAAAUGCACAGCUCAAGCGGGCAUCCGAACUCGCCGCGGAACGUUCUCGCACAUUUGAAUUCCCGCACAAAUUAAAAAAUAAAAUUCCAAUGCCACGGACUAUUUUUAAACGGAAGAAACAUGGCGGUCGGUAUACAUUUCUGUCCAUUUAAAUUGCUAAAGAAACUCGCCGGACAGUGAUUUCGGAGAAAUGUAGUGAUUUGUGUAUUGUUUGUUAAUUUAGAUUUGUGUACGCGACUGUUGCAGUGAUAUUAAAUUAAUAAUUUUGAUUGGUACUGGAGUUUAUUUUUUUUUUUUUGAUUGUGGACUGCGGCGGAUUUGUGCAUUGGGUGGAUUCGGCCAAUAAAAAGACGGCAAAAUGGUGGUGAACGAGGAAAGCAUAAACAACAUAAUGAGCGGGAUCGAGAACACGGGGGGAGUAAAACAGAACAACCAUAAAAAGAAGCUGAGACAAAGGUUCGACAUAAUAAGAAAGCUGGGACAGGGAACGUUCGGAAAAGUCCAGCUAGGCAUAAACAAAGAGACGGGUCAGGAAGUGGCUAUAAAAACAAUAAAAAAAUCAAAAAUUGAAUCAGACGCAGAUCUGAUUCGAAUACGAAGAGAAAUCCAAAUCAUGUCUUCAGUUCAACAUCCCAACAUCAUACACAUCUAUGAAGUUUUCGAAAACAAAGAGAAAAUGGUCCUGGUGAUGGAGUACGCAGCAGGUGGCGAACUGUACGACUAUCUGUCAGCCAGAAAAGUGCUCACAGAGGACGAAGCCCGAAGAAUAUUCAGACAAAUAGCCACGGCCUGUUACUACUGUCACAAGCACAAGAUUUGCCAUCGGGAUCUGAAGCUCGAGAACAUCCUGCUGGACGAGAACAACAACGCAAAGAUCGCAGAUUUCGGCCUCUCGAAUGUCUUCGACGAUCAACGACUGCUGAACACGUUCUGUGGUUCCCCGCUGUACGCUUCCCCUGAAAUCGUGAAAGGUACUCCCUACCAUGGACCGGAAGUCGACUGCUGGUCCCUCGGCGUCCUCCUCUACACCCUUGUCUACGGCGCCAUGCCCUUCGACGGCAGCAACUUCAAGCGCCUCGUUAAACAGAUCUCCCAGGGCGACUACUUCGAGCCCGCUACUCCUAGCCCUGCUUCGCCUUUGAUUCAUGACAUGCUUACCGUCAAUCCAAAGAACAGGGCAGACAUAGAAAAAAUUUGUAAUCAUUGGUGGGUCAACGAAACCUACGAUGUCAGUUGUCUGGAGAUUUCCGAAGAGCUGGCCAACCAGACUCCGGUACGAUUGGACGUGCUACUCUGCUUGGCCCCGCCACCACCUCAGUUGGAGAGCGAAAAACUAGUCGUCACAGGAGAUGUGUGUGAAGAAGCUGCCAAACUGGAAACUAACGCUCCGGCAAGAUCUCACUCCGCCGGCAGCAUAAUGGAUUUGGCGCCAGCCGAAAGAAGAAUAAUCGACCUCAUAAACGAGGACAAGAUCACCCCCAAACGUAAACUGGAAAGCACGGUCAGCACUGACAGAGUCAACCUGGACAAAAGAAAAGAUAAAAUCAUUAAAGAAAACACUGUGGCAGACAUUACCGUGCACGGGCCCAUCAGAGAGGCUUCGUUGGAGGACGCCAGCAUGAGCGAGGCACCUUCGUUGGACAGAAGUUUGACACAGACUCUUAGCAGAUCCAGAGAGAUGGACGUGGAACAAACGGAAGAAGUCGUCGAUCCUUCUUUGCAAGGCGCUGCUUGUUCAGAAAUUAUUGAAGAGGCGGAGAAGAAGGAGAAGAAGAAAAUCAAGAAGACCUUAUCCACAGUCAAUAAUAAAGUUCUGGAAGGUAUUAACGAGAAUCCUAGUCAAGAAACUGUUACCAACCACGUAGAUAAAGAGAAUGUUAAGGUAGCUAAGGAAGAAGUCAAGGUGGAAGAGGAGAAGAAGCCGGAAGUCAAAAAGGUUUCACCCAAGAAAAAGGUUGAGAAGAAGGUAUUGACUGACAAAGACGAGAAUUCCAAAUCCUCUGCGAGCGAGUCACAAGAAGAGACAAAGAAAUCUAAACCUAAAGAAAAAUCAAACGACAUAGAAAACAAACCUGAAGAGCCGUCCAAACCUAUCGAAAGAAGAAAAUCUAGGAUUUUCGAAGCCGCCGAGAAAUUCCAAAAUAUGAUCAGCCCGCCUGUCGAGAAACCUGCACCAGUCGAAAAACCAAAGAAGAUUCUAAUACCUGGCGUAAGUGUGGAUGGCUUCAAGAAGGAGUACGAACGCAGGGCUAGUCUCACGUCGACUUCGCCGCCUAAAGUCAAGGCUGACGCCCCCACCAAGAAGAUUAUCGAGGUGGAGAAGACGCCCGAGCCGGAACCGGAGCCUGUCAAGAAGCCAGAAACGAAAAAGACUGAUGAAAGAAAGGAGGCAGUGCGCAACGCUGUCAACAUUAUUUCAAGUAAGUGUGCCUUAGACAAGGAGGGAACGCGAAAGUCAAAAUCACGCCCGUGUAUGAUGCGUAAACCUCCAGUGCCGUUCGGCGUUAGUGGCCGCUCAGCUUCUGGUAACAUUGGCAUGAUAACGUCCCAACUUACCGCCCCCACCGGACCGAAACCAUUUGUCAAGACGGUCUUCGACAAGCCCACAACGGAGGCGAAGAAAGUGCCGGAUGAACCACGGGAACAGCCUGUCGAGGAGAACAAGGUAUCGUCGGCGGAAAUCACGCUCAAAUCUGCCACUUUGCCCAGAAGAAAGACUACGAAGGCGGAGAUACAACUUAACUAUCCGACGUCGAAGCCGGCCGCCAUGGAAUUCAAGACUGAGGUCGCGCACAACGUCGCAGCGCCCCCCAAAGUUGCCACACAAAGGAGCGAGGUCAUCGUGCCCGUUUCGUCGCCACCUGUUGUCGGAUUUAGACCAUCGCUCGUCGAUUCUGAGGCGAGACAAUCGAAGGAGAGGAUCAUACCGAUUUCCUUCGAGAAGACAGACCAAAGCAGAGAGUCUGUUCAGUCACCACCAAUCAAGCCGCCCUUGGCCAGAACCUUCCAAACUCAAAAGUCUAACACGUCUCAAAGAUCCGGCAGUAUAUCGAGGCAAUCAACCCAAGAUUCGGACACGGAAACCGUGACGUCCAAUGGAGAGCCAAUCAAGAAGAGUCCACGCGAGUACAUCAUACCAAUUGCCGUGGAAGGUGGAGGCUACGUCACGCCGCGUGCCACCAGCUUGGAACCAAGCGAAACUGGCAGCACCAGCACUAUGACCAGCAGAAGCCGUUUCGGAAGAGCUAAACGAAUGAAUUCCCGUUUGAGCGACAGAGACUCCGAGGACGAGUCUCCAUUUACGAACUUGCACCGUCACAGUUCAUUCGGAAAGGACAGUGACACCGAAGAGUCUAGAAAUCCUUUCCAUAUGCACAGGCUGAGGAGCACGCGUCCGAAGAGGUCCACUCUGGAGCACAACGAUUCAUUGAGCUCUGGCGAGGAAGACGACGAUGAAGCUUUCGAUAACUUUACCGCAGAAAAUCUGUUCUCUACACUGUUAUCUAGGGUCCGUGAUUUGACUCAAAAACUCAACGUUGAGGACGGUAUAAGACCAGGAUUUCCUACUAGUCGUUUGUUGAGUCAGUUUAACCACGGCACGAACUUCUUCAAUAGACAGGAUCCGAUUUUGAGGCAUUCGUCGCUGAGCAGGACGUUCAGCAGAGAACGACCGGAUGGGGUAUCCCCGGCGGGCAGCUUCGCAGGCCACCCUUGGCGGCGCAGCGUGAGCCGCGACCUCGCCUCGGACAUCGAGAAGGUUUUCAACGAGAACGGCGCCUCCAACCAGGCGGCGUCGCCACGGCCUCGCGGAGAUAUUUCGAAGGACGAAAACCUUAAUUUAUCAGACUUAGAUCUAAAAAAACUAAAACUAUCCGAAGAGGAUGCGCUGGCCCUGUCCUACUUAACCCCCGCCCUCUCCAAGCGCAUCCAGAAGCAACUGCUGUCCCAGCUCGCGCCCUCAGAAGCGAGAAAAUUGCACAGAACCCUCUCGUCCCGCAGUCCCGGCGACACGAACCCCUACGACAAUAUUAAGGACUCGCAGAAGUUCGUUCGCGGCUCGUCCGCCGGCCGCAUCUCCUCCACCCUUCCCCGGAGGUUCUCCGUGGAUCGCGACCUCAAAAACAACAAUCUCACCGACAUCGACGAGAAAACCGACGGCAACGCCAACUCCGGUCUGCGAGUCCGUUCCUUCUUGCCGGUCAAGUCGGGUUUCAGAGAUCGCACGCCCCACUACGAGUUCAAUGUCAGGUCGUCGAGUAUUGGGGCGGAACCGAAAUGCGAUCCGAAAUUGCUCUACAGGAAGCCGACCUUCGGCAGAUCGACGUCGGCACGUGAUCCGCCCAAAUCUUACAGAGCCGACCCGAAUUUACAAAGUCCGGAGUCCAGCAUCUCGGAGAGCCUGAGCAGAAAUGACGACUCGUCGUCCUUCAGGAACAGUAUUAGCGAUUUGAGCUCGUCGCGUUCGUAUUCACGUUAUUCGGAGCCCAGCAAAUACUCUGGUAAGACCCAGCCACAGGGUGUCAAUGUGGACGAUAAGACUGACGCUAAGAAACCGUCCAGUGCUAGGAGGAUAUCCAGGUUUUUGAGGCCGGACUUCUUCGAGGGCCAGAAGGAGGACAGAGACAACGUGGUGCUCAAAGAGAAGAAAGAAAAGGAAUUGGAGACGCAGAAAGUAUUAAAGGAGAUUAGGGAUAAGAGAAAAAGUAGACUGAAUCUUAGGAGGGAAAGAUCUGCAUCGAGAGAUCGGGCUGAUGAAACUAAAUUACCGGAUUUGCAUGCGGAAGUGAAUAAGUUUUUGGAGGCCAAGAACGAGCUCAAGGAGACCAAGGCUUUGCUCAAUAACGUCUCUGACAAUAUCAAGAAGUUAGAAACGACAGUACAAAGUACCAGUCCUGAUAUAACUACACACAGUUAUGUUAACGUGCCAAUUCACGAUUAUGUUAACGUUAAUAUUAAUGGCAUUAAACAUGACUACGUUAAUGUUCCCGAGGCUACUGAACCUACCAUAAUGCCUAAUGAAGUUCUAGUAGAGAAUAAUGCUCAAGAAAAGUUGCCAGAUUAUGUCAACAUGAAGGGAGUAGAAAAUGGCGUUAAGAAGGAAAAACCGGUAUCUAAAAUAGCCAGGCCUAAAAGUUAUCCCGCCGAAAAGAACAAAGAUAAACUCGAAGCUGUGUCUCCGAAGUUGGACAACACUUCACCUGAAAAAGAAUCUAAAAUUAGCCGCCUUAGGAAAGGUUUAGUAAAGCAGUCCUCUAAAGACAAAGAAGAAAAGACAGAAACCAGUAAAACUAACGGAGAAGAAAAAAGUCACAAGAACAAACUUUUACAAUCUAUAGAAAAGAAGUUGGAGAAAUUUAGGUCAAGUAACAUUGCUGCCACUAAAGAUCCGGAAGAAGUUAAAGUACUGCAAGAGAAGAAGUCCAGUGUAGAAAGCGCCAUAAAGCGACUGAGGGAACAAAGCAUGCCAAGGAAUAUAGAUCAUUGUACUGAAUCAGGACUGAUAAAACGUGCAGUAUCAGUGGAAGAAAUGCCUAAUAAUAAACCAUUGCAAGCGUCAAGAAAAUCCGUAACAAAAAUAUUAGGAUUGUUCAAAAAAUACGAAGAACAAGACAAGAAAAAGGUGGUAAAAAAGAGCAAGUCCGGCGACAAGGAAAAGAAGGACAAGGCCAAGAACGUAGAGGAUAAAAAAUUAGAUAAUAAGGAAGCUAUUGAAUCUGUGAUUAUAAGUAAUACUAAAAAUAAUAACGCAACUAAAGUCAAUUCUGUCGAGAACAACGACACGGAAUCAAACCAUUCUAGUCAAUUGGACGAUGUUAAUUCGAACGGGGAGCAACGAAAAGAACGUCCGCGAUCGUUGAUGUUCGAUAAAGUCAAACCCCACGUGUAUAACGGUGCCAAAAGCGACAGCGUGGCCACUGCGGAGAUCAAACCUAAAUCAAAAUUGCCGGUGAACAACUACAGACGCAGUCUCAAUCUCGACAACCUGCCGGAACCGCCAAAGUUCUACAAAAAUCCAACAAGACUUACACCAGACAUAGAAAACAACAAUUUGGAGAGGCCCGACAGGAGAAACUUGAGACUGGAUCUGAACAAAGUCGGCAGAAACAAUUCGGCAGCUGUACUCGAGUCAUUCCCUAGUACCAGUACGAGUGCUGGCGAUAUUUACAGACGCUAUUCGGAAAACAGGAACUCACUGACGACGCCUGAUGAGAGCUCGACGUUUUUGUCACCUGGCGACGAUAAUGCAAGUGACACGUGGUCGGUUUGCUCCGAUUUCCAUGCCCACGAUCUCCAUUCACCUAUAUCUCCUAACGGGCAUAUAUAUUCUGGGGAUGAGAAUGAAUCAGUGAUCGAUAGGAUCAGAAGAAAGAGCUUCUACACCAGGUUCAACGAAAAAAAGCGACCAAGAAAACCGAGUUUAACUCGCAAUUACAAGGAUCUGGAUGUGUACAGUGACGUGAGCGUGAAGUCGCCGACGGAUUACAGUUCUUUGGACCGAAGAACUUUCAGAAAUCCCGUGGCUCGCAGGUCCAGCUACGCGUCGAGUCUUCAACAGCCUACCAGGCCCGACUACAAGACGUACACCAGAAGCUCAUCGUUGCUCAACGACUACGUGAAUGUGCCAAACAGGUACCAGACAUACAAUUCGAAGAUAGGCCGUCCCACCAACGCUCUUUACUCCGACUCUGAAGAUAAUACUUUGGAUGAUUAUACGACUGCGAAAUCCAGAAAAUACAGUUCCCCAAUUCAGACAUCCAGAUUAUGUAGAACAUCCGUGUCCCCAAGUCAUCGUUACAGCGUAGAUCGAAAUUCGUCUUCCAUAAGCUCACCGAACAACCCAGACCCAGUUUAAUAAAUCAAAAUGAAUGUACAAAAUAUUCUCCUUAUAUUUCUGUUCAUAUGUAUUUUUCGAUUUGUAUUAAUUUAUGAUAUAAAUUGGCAACUAGUUUUUUGUAGAAAAUGAACAAAUGUCUGUUGAAUUAAGGUUAAGCCUUAAGCUCUAUAACUUUAUUUAUUACAAUAGUGGUAGUUAAAAUUUAGAUGGUAUGUAUUAUUUAUAUGUAAAUGUUGUUUGCUUUUUAGUUAUUUAUUUUAGAUUUUCACAUUUUUUUGUUUGAUCCACUAUUUAUUUUUUAUUUAUACACCAAAUUUUGAAUUAUUUAUUUAAUUAACUACCUAUUUAUUUUUUGGAUUGAAAUUUAUUAUAAAAACUAUGGUUACACUACUAAAAUGUAGCAAUUGUUAAACUUGAAAUAAUUUUAAUAACCAGUUGCAUCGUUUCCAAAAUUAUUGUUUAUUGUAGAAAUUUUUUGGAACUGAUUACAAUCGUUAUAAAAGCACAACUUUGGUUGAAUUAUUGUGUGAAUUGUUAGAGUUGUAUGUUGACUUUUGUGAUUUUAUAAAAAAUAAACUCACUUUAUAUUUU